AUGGCUCAAGCCGCUACACGGCAUCAGCCGUCUCCAUUCUCUCCAAAUCCAAAUGGCGGGCGUAAAUAUGCGCCGUGUACACCACGUACACCGGAUUCCAUCUAUCCUUCUGCCAUGUCUCCACUCGCAUCAGCCACACCUUACUUUCCCGAUCCCAAUAUCGAGCAUACAAUGUCACAGACAUGGCAACUGUCGUCGACGGCCGUGGCAUAUGAGACCCAGUCCAUAGAUCCAGACAUACUCAAAAUGCCCAACAAACUCGACAAUAGUCCGAUAAACAGUCAACUCCAGGUGCCUAGCAGCCAACCCCAGGGGCCGGAUGUGCUUGGUGGUCCAGUUUCUUUCGAUUCAAUAAUGACGCCUCCCAUGAUUGAAGACCAACCUCAGGGGCCGGAUAUGCCUGGCGGCCCAGGUUGUUUUGAUUCAAUAAUGACGCCUCCCACGAUUCAAGACCAAGUACAAAGCCCCGUAUCUCCUACAAGCUCGGAUCCUCGACCCUCAACAUGGCCUUCCAGUGCCAAUGAUACCUCGCCACGCGUCUCGACUGAACAUGAGCGUGCUCGGAGUGAACAUGGUGUCGGUAGAACACAGCCAUUAUCUGCGCUGGGACGUCCGCUAUCUCCUCAUCUCGAGGAAGCAUAUCCCGAUGGCUUCGUCCCAUGGGAUCCAGCGAACCCUGAGAAAUCUGAUAAGAUCCGCGAAAAGAUUCCGCGUAACCGGGCCGAACUUCUGCAACAGAGAGAAGAUACCGCCGCACUCAGGAAAGCUGGCGGCUCAUGUAUGGCGUGCUACCGGGCCAAGAAAAAGUGUGGAACAACUACACCAUGUCCUCCGUGCUUUUCUAAGGGUAAUCGAAUCUGCUUUCGAAGUUGGGGAGAUCUAUGUCUGCUUGGGCCACCUGCGGGGGGCUCUCUUACGAUCUUUAGCUUCCCGUCCCCAGAUGCGAAAGAUACUUUGCAACGCAUGGGUGACGAGGUUUUCAAACGCAUGAAUGCAUUCAACGCGAUUGUUAAUAUCCGCGAAACAUAUGGCGGAAACUGCACUGCAUGGCAUUGGACAGUCACGAGGUCCAGUAUCGCACUAUCUAGUACAACAGAGUGCCCUGUCGAUGAUUUUCUUACUGGGCUUACCAGUGCCCUUCCCCUCGUGGAUCUGGUCAAAUCUGAAGAUCAAUACAAACACAACCCACUCGUCUGGACUGCGCUCAGAAUGGCAAAUUUGUUUAUGGCCAUUCAAGGCUUGGUGCAAGCUCGAAUCCGUUCGUCCUGGUUUGAUGUUACCACCGGGCGACUCGUCUCGUUUUAUCUUUUGAUUCUCUCGUUUCGGAAGCUCGCAGAGAUGUCUCAGGACUUUUGCCCUGGUUUGUACGUGGCUCUGUGCGGAAAGGACAAGCAGAACAGCAACAAGAAAAACCGAUCAGGGAAAGAAAAUGAGAUCGAGCCCCCUUGGGUCGCCGCAGCAUUAUACUACCGAGUUACGUGCGGCUUGCAAGAUCUUCAAUACAGCCCAAUCGUCGCGAGAAUAUUCGGUUCCUUUCGCUGUUAUCUGAGUGGUGUUCGCGAAAAACUCGAAGAUAUCCUGCGCAAUGUGUCCCCCAGACACGGGGCUACUGGGAAAUCCUCCAUCAGAACGAUUCUUGAGGAUGAAGUUCCCAGUCUCCCGUCGUCUCCAAGCCUGGAUAUGGCCUUCUGGCUGGGAGACCCCGAGGAAAUGUCGUCUGUUUUGGGCCGGCCUGACGGUCCCUUUUCGCCGCCAGCCUGCGAAAUGCAAGCCUUCCUAGCUGAUCAUUUCCCUCGACCUCGCUUUGCGAAUCCUGUUGAGCAGCACGACGGGCUCUUGCAGUUAUCAGCGACUUCGCACGACACGGUGAUUGCCCAGGAACAGAAUUCCUUUGAUAGCAUAAUUUAUCCCGAUCAAGUUGAAAGCCUGGAUCCGAAUGGUCUGAUGGAUGUCCUCAACAGUGAAGACGACAAUGGAUUCGAUCCUAUGGGUGCCGCCUUUGUUGAUACAAUGCCAUCCGAUACAAUGCCACUCUAUGGCAAUUUCCAGAAAUCUCUGUACAAUUGUUGA